AUGUUGAAUGUUGCCAUGGCAGUUUUACCAGAGACGGGCUGGGAGGAUUAUUAUGCCAUUCCUGGGACAAAUGCUGAAAACAAGGCUUUAAUAGAAGAGAUAAGCAAGAAAAGGAAGGAACUCUCACAUGUGAAAAGCAAGCGAGAGAAUCACAAAGAUCAAACUCGACUGGCCACCGAGUUUCUUAAACAUGUUAAAGCUGAGCUGGAAAACAUGGAGGCUCUGUGCCAGGCCAAAGACAGAGAAGCCCAUUUGGAGUCGCACCUUACCGCCGUCACGCAGAGAGAAAUCGGCCACCUGGCGCAGGAGAACGCCCGGAUGGAAAAUGAGCUCCGAUCGCUGGCUGAGAGGCAAAGCGGGCUGGAGAAUGACAUAUUCAAGGCCAAACAGAAGCUGGAGCACUUUCGCGAGCAGAUGGACUGGGACCGGCGGGCCAUGGAUUCGUUUUUGGAGGAGUCGGCACGAAAAGACGACGACACGAUGGCCAUCAUCAAGUAUUCGCAGCAGGACGAGCAGAGGAUCAAGUCCCUGACGUUGGCCAUCGAGAGGACAACACUGGAGGCCAAUAAAAAGCGCAAAGUGCUUGACAUGGAGAUGACAGAGAAUUUAUCUGCGCAGAUUGCUUUAGAGAAGACCACAGAGCAUUUGCGGGAGACUCACCGGGAAAGUGAGAAGAUCAUCCAGCGAUGGGAAAACACCGUCCAGCAGAUGAAGCAAAGAGAUGCCGAUCUACAACAGUGGGCUCUGAAACUGGCAGAGAGCAACCAGGCGAUCAGGAAAAGGAACGACUCCUUGAGAGAAAUGAAGCACUUGCAUGACUCGCAGAUGAACGACAACAAGGAAAAAGAGAGAAAGUUGAACGCGGCUAAUCGUCAGGCGGCAAAAUUAAAGCAGAUAUUGCAAGAGAAGGAGAAGAACUACAUGGAGAUGCAGGAUGAGCUAAAAAGUUGUAAAACCUCACUGGAUAGUACAACCGCCAGUGUAGAGUCCACCAAGACCCACAUCUCCAGGCUGAAGGAACAAAUUGUGAAAAACCAGACCAAACUGCAGCAAAGCUCGGCCCAAAAUUCCGCUCUUGAGGAGAAACUGACAGCUGUGACGCAGAACGCCUCGAGUGAGAAGGAGAAAGCCGCCCAAAUGGAACAGUUCCUCACCGAUGAGGAACAGGCCAUCAAGGAGCUGGAUGUGCAACUGCGUGACUGCAGAGACGAGCUCUUCCGCUAUAAGCAACAAGUAGAUGCCCUCAAAAGAAUGGAAAAAGACUCUUUAGCCCAAGAGCUUAGGAGCAAAUCCACUAUUGGCAGCCUGGAACGGGAGCUCAGGAAACAAGAGAAGUAUUUGAUAAGACAGCAGAAGAUCAUGAGCGAAAAGGACUUUCAGAUCAUCUUCUUGGAGAAAAAGCUCGCACGACUGCAAGGUGUUGACGACUCGGAUGAAAAGGAAAUGUUCCAAGCCAAGAUUAGCGAGAUGACUAAAACCCUCGACGAGAGGAUGAAGUUGUCCGGCGAGAUUAUCGACAGAAUCGACGAGACUGAGAGUGAAAUUCGCUAUUUGAAGAAAGAGAAUGACAAGUCAGCGUCGGAGAAGAAAACUUUAUACCACAAAGUGGAAGAGAUGAAGCUGAUCAAUAAUAAUAUUGAAAAAGAGCUGAAAAGACUCAGCCUCAAUAAACAGGAACAAAUGGUGGAGCAGAACAUCUUCAAGCUGGAGGUGAAGCGUAAGCGGGAUCUUCUGUUCAAUAAAGCCAACAGCGUGGUGUCCCUGGAGAAAAGACAACUGAACGUCAAGAAAAUCAUUCAGGAGAGACAAGAAGAGAUCAGAAUUUACAAUCACAUGCUGAAUCAGGAACUGAAGACCACUGAGCAGGAGAGACAGAGAAUCAGCACUGAACUGAAUGGAAAAAUGUCCAAGAUUGACGUCAUGAAGAAACAUUUUGAAGUUGUGACCUUUUCAAUGACCGGAGAGGACGAGGAGGACGUGGUCAAGUGUCAAGCUCGCUAUAUUGCAAAGGCGGCGCUAGAGAGAGCAGAGCUCAUACAGCAUGGAGAGCAUCUAACUGGCAAAAUCCGUAAAGCUGAAGAAGAGAACAAAGCUCUGGAGAACUCCACUCUCUUGUUCAAUAUCAGUAACUCCCAAUUUCACACGGCAGUCAACAAAGCAAAAGACUCCAGUCAGGAAUACCAGCAAAAAAUCCAGAUGGAAGAGCAGCUGCGUUUGGCCGAAGACAAUCUCAAGUACAAGAGAAGACAAGUUAGACAACUUCAGCAACAACAACAGGAACUGAACAAUACCUUGGAUGCUCUGCUACAGGCUAAGCUAGCACAAAACCAAAAGAUCCAACAUAAACAGUUACUAAUCAGCAAACUAAAUGGAGAAAUUGCUUCACAGCAGGAAAAAAUUGAAAGAGCCACCAAACAGUGCUCGAAGCUAAGUCGUGCGAUCCGCGCUUGGAGAAACACAAAGGCAGAGACGUUGGAGGAGAAGGACGUCAGACUGAGACAGUUAAAGGACUUGAACAAACGUCUGGACAAGAUGCUGUACGAUGCCACCGAGGAUAGGCCCGACCUCAGGUCGCUUUUGGAGAAGAACUUUAACCAGGCCAACUUGUCCUUUCCGUCUCCUCCGUCCACUCCCGGCAGCCACCGAAGCACCAGCGGCAAAUCGUCUCGCGUCUCCGACAUUUCCAGGUCUGACUCACUCUUGGAAUGA